AUGGGAAAGUCUCCCUCGCCGCCCCAGAAGACCAUUCUCUACGCCAGCAAGACCAAGCACGAGAGCGACUUUGUCAAGGCGGCCCAGGACAAAAUGGCUGACGAAGCCAGGACGCUUCGCCACUAUUCGCCUGAAAAUGCUGUGGCGAACUCUUCCGGGUUUGAGCUCCUGCAGUCAUUGCGCGAGCUUCGAGAGCGGCAGGAAGCCCUCGAAGUAAGCCACAAGAAGAUCCGGGCAGAGCUUGAUGAAAUCCGCGAAAUCCACAAGGGGCUGCGGGACAACAUCGGCGAGCUGGAGAGACGGCAGCACAAUGCUCAACAAUGGAUCAUCUCGACAUUUGUGCGGGAGACCAGGCUCCCACCGAGAGGUCUAGCACGACGAGCGGUCCUUCGGUCCAUGCAGGACAGGGACUUGGCUUAG